UGUGCCAGAAACGAGAGCGUCGUUUUGGUUGCCCGACUUGGAAAAGAGACGCGCGCGAUCUUCCUAACGGUAUUUUUAAACAUUUUUUUUCGUAACAGUGGUCGUCCGAGAUUUUUUUCUUAUUUCCCAUUUUUUUAAAUGUGACUCAGAUAUUUUAUAGAAAAAACCUCGUAAGAAUGUAACUGAUUUUUUUUUGAUAAAAUAAUUAAACGAUAAUAUUUAGGAUUUGGUGAUUAAGUUUCUAUGUGUUGAUGUGGUGUAUGUAUAUAAAUAAUCCCAAUAGAUAUUUAUAGGACAGAUUAAAUGUAGUGGUAUUGUGUCGAAGGAGAUUUUUCACUAAUGAUAUCAACAAGAUGUACAGGUCUCUUUUUAUGCUUGUUUAUUGCAAUGGACAUUCCAAAACCGUGUAUAGCUCAAAACGAAAACGGUGACACGGAUCUACUGGCACUCACUGCAGAACCAACAGAUAUGCCCGAAUACGUGAACCCGUACCCUAUAACCCAUCCCUGUUACCGAUUUGCCGACAUCACUAAUAAGGAGUUUUUUAGUCCCGCCUACCCCCCUGAUGCCGCUACUUACCCUAAUAACACCAACUGCUCAGUGGUCUUAACUGCUCCAAAGAACCAUCAGAUCGAGCUGGACUUCCGGGACGACUUCGAGAUCGAGAAAUCGGACGGAUGCCGAAACGACUACCUUGAAGUUAGGGACGGCCAGUACGGCUUCAACCACGUCCUGCUCCACUUUUGCGGCAUCCACACCUUUCCCCCCAAGCUCAAAUCCUCGGACAGGCACCUGUGGGUCUACUUCAAGUCGGACGAAAACAUCGAGCACAAAGGGUUCAGGGCGGUAUUCGAUUUUGUGCCCAGAGCUAAUAAUUCCGGCACUCCAGAAAUCAGAGAAUGCAAAAAGGAAAUAAGCUACAUGGAGGAGGGCAAGCUGGGCAGGGUGGAUAUCGACCCGGACAUCAUCCAGUUCGACAAACAGCACGGUCUUCCGGUGGAUUGUAUGUGGGUCAUCACGGUCAGAGUCAACUGGAGG